UUUUUUUCCAGGGGGGGGAGUUAUUUGGAAGAUGGCGCCCGUUGUUACGGGGAAGUUUGGUGAGCGACCUCAGCGUUUGACAAGGGAGGCAAUGAGGAAUUACUUGAAGGACAAAGACGAUCAAACGGUGCUCAUAUUGCAUGCAAAAGUUGCACAGAAGUCGUAUGGCAAUGAAAAAAGGUUUUUCUGCCCUCCACCAUGUGUGUAUCUGAUGGGCAGUGGCUGGAAGAAGAAGUCAGAGAAUAUGGAGAAAGAGGGUUGUACAGAGCAGGAAGCUCAGCCAUGUGCAUUCAUUGGGAUAGGCAACAGUGAGCAAGAGAUGCAGCAACUCAAUCUGGAGGGGAAGCACUUCUGCACAGCGAAGACACUUUACAUCAGUGACUCAGACAAAAGGAAACACUUCAUGCUGUCUGUGAAGAUGCUGUACGGGAACAGUGCCAACAUUGGCGUCUUCCUCAGCAAGAGGAUCAAGGUCAUCUCCAAACCCUCCAAGAAGAAACAGUCCUUGAAAAAUGCAGAUUUGUGCAUAGCUUCUGGGACGAAGGUGGCGUUAUUUAACCGUCUGCGUUCUCAAACAGUCAGCACCAGGUAUCUCCAUGUAGAGGGGGGAAAUUUUCUUGCCAGUUCCCAACAGUGGGGAGCCUUCUUCAUCCACCUCUUGGAUGAUGAGGAGUCUGAAGGAGAGGAGUUUGCUGUGAGAGAUGGCUACAUUCACUAUGGCCAGACUGUCAAAUUGGUCUGUUCUGUUACUGGCAUGGCCCUGCCCAGACUGGUUAUUCGCAAAGUGGACAAGCAGGCUGCAUUAAUGGAUGCAGAUGACCCCGUGUCCCAGCUUCACAAGUGUGCCUUCUACCUGAAAGAUACAGAGCGAAUGUAUCUCUGUCUCUCACAGGAGAGGAUCAUCCAGUUCCAGGCCACACAGUGCUCCAAAGAGACUAACAAGGAGAUUGUUAACGAUGGGGCUUCCUGGACUAUCAUUAGCACUGACAAGGCAGAGUACACCUUUUAUGAGGGUAUGGGCCCCGUCCCCACACCGGUCACACCUGUCCCUGUGGUGGAAAGUCUGCAGUUAAACGGGGGAGGAGAUGUGGCUAUGUUGGAGCUGACAGGGCAGAACUUCACCCCCAACCUCAGAGUGUGGUUCGGAGAUGUGGAGGCUGACACCAUGUACAGGUGUGGAGAGAGCGUCCUGUGUGUGGUGCCGGACAUUUCUGCCUUCAGGGAGGGCUGGCGCUGGGUGAGACAGCCGGUUCAGGUCCCCGUCACGCUUGUGCGCAAUGAUGGAGUCAUAUACUCCACCGCCCUCACCUUCACCUACACCCCUGAACCGGGGCCCCGACCCCACUGCAGCGCCGCCGGGGCCAUUCUGCGGACACAUAGCACCUCCUCGUCAUCACCUGCAUCUUCAUCUUCCCCUUCAUCCUCGCUGGGCGGGCUCGGGGACGGCCACGGGGCUUACAUUAGCAGUGACUCAGGCAUGUCGUCCGGGGCGUCUACCAUGUCGGUGCUGUCAUAGUAAUUCUUUUUCUGUUUGUUGUUUUUAUACGUGUGCUUUGAGUGAAUGACUGAGAAAAUGUGUGCAUGUACUUGUGAGCCAAAGAGGCUCAUGGACCUGUGAAGAAUUGCACACAGACUCAGAAACUCUUAAUCAGAGAGCAACUGUGAUCAUCGGGAAUGCUAAAGGCUAGGUCAAAGAGAAUUCUUUGGGAGAACUGAACACUCUCUUUGGCUCCCUCUUCUGGUUUGUUGUGGACAUGUCAAAAGCUCCACUUGAAGGACCUCAAUGUUCAAGAUCUUCACCGAAAGGAAGACGACUCCAUCGAACUCUCACAAAGAGAGCAUUUUGUUUUUUAUAUACCUGUGGGUUGGGAAGCUAUUUUCAUUAUGCUCUCUUUCUACUGAGACUAUGUUUUUACUGAAAAGCUUGUUGAUUUGUUGUGUGCAAGGGAAAAAAUGUUGUAAGAGUAACAUAGUUUUUACGGACCAAGGAAUAUUAUUAUAUUAUUUUAUUCAUAUUAUAUUUUAUAAGCUUUUGUUGAGGUACAUUUUUGACAUUUUUGUUGUAUAAAACUGCAUAGUAAGUUCACUUAUGUUACCAAAUAGAUUUUUUCAUUUUGUUGAGUACUUUUUAAGGAGUUCUGUCUCAAUCUUCUUGGUCACUGGGCUUAACCAAUCAGUCCCAAAAUGUUUACCCAACUUUUUUAUAUCAAAGAUGACUUUUUUGAUUGAGUGUAGUGUAUGUGUGAUCAUUUGUAAUACGCUAGGAUCAGUGUAUUCUGGGAGACCAAGGCCUGCGUUUUCUGAUCAGUGUACUGUUUUUGCUUAAACUCAAAUCUAAACAUAAUCAGUGCCUCCAUUACCAUGGCUGUGUACACACCAUUGCUUCUUAUAACACAGGGAUUAAGCCUUUAAACAAAUUUGCAGUACUAAGUUUGUAUGUAAAUUUCCACUAAGUGAAGGAACAAAGAAGGAAAGUCAAACAAAUAUCUGUGUGGUCAUGUAAAGAUUAUUCUAUGCACGUGCCAUAGACAUUUUGGAGGGGGCCUUAAGUUCAAAGAAGUUUAAAGGAGAGCUUUAACAUCAUUGCCUUGUAGCUCCUCACAGUCCACCUAAAUUUAGCAAAUUGAUGCCUUGGGAUUGUUAAAUCUGUUUUGGUCAAAUAUGGCAUCUGACUGUAAAUGCAGUAGAUCUUAUCUGUGCUUUGGUUCUUAAUCGAUGAGGCGAUGCCUAGUUUGUUCAAUCUUGUCCAGCAGUGUGAACAUAAAAAUGUAACUUUCUUUUAACUGACUUACUAAACUAGUCAGGAAUGAUGACAUGUUGUUGCCUUAAAAACCACUUCCCACAGUAUUUGUCUGUUUUUUCUCACAUAAUGUCCUGAUUACCUUCAGGCUUUUUGUAUCAUACUAUAUGUCAUGUUUUAAAAGUUUCAAGUAAACGUGGCACGUUGACCAUCUUACUGUU